CGGCUGUGUGAGAAGUAGGCGGUGCAGCGUGACCCGCAGGGGGAGGGGAGAGCGGGCGCCGAGGCCCGGGCGAGUGAUGGCUGGUGAGGGUUCGCGCUUCUGGGACCGGUGCUGAGCGGGGAACCGCGGGCUGAGCCGCUUGUGUCCCCGGCCGCGGAAGGAGCGGCACAGGGUCGGUCGGCACUGGCUGAGGCGUGUGGGGCCUCAGCGGCUCGGGGGAGCCCGAGGCAGCGCCUGUCCUGGGAGCCUGCGGCAGCAAGAGGAAGAGUCGUGGCUGCGUCUCCGCGUCGUCUUCUCGCUCUUCGCCAGGGCUUCGCUUUCGCGGGCUGAGGGCGGACUCCUGGAGGAAAAUGGAGCCGUUUCCUAGCGAUCUAAUUCAGUUACCCAGGAAUAUGAUUGAAAAUAGUAUGUUUGAAGAGGAGCCUGAUGUGGUUGACUUGGCGAAAGAAUCUUGUUUGCAUCCCCUGGAGCCUGAUGAAGUGGAAUAUGAACCAAGGAGCUCCCGGCUCUUGGUUCGUGGUCUUGGAGAGCAUGAAAUGGAGGAUGAUGAAGAGGAUUAUGAGUCAUCAGCAAAAUUGUUGGGAAUGUCCUUCAUGAACAGAAGCUCGAGUCUCCGGAAUAACAUGUCUGGCUAUACACAAAAUCCAAAUGGAUUAUGUUCUGCACCCUCUACGAGGACCGUGGUGGUUUGCACAGUUGUUCUUGUGAUUGCAGUUUCGUUAAUAAUGUUGAUUUAUCUUCUUCCCAAAUGUACCUUUACCAAAGAAGGCUGCCAUAAAAAUCAUCAUUCGAUGGAACUAAUAUACCCUUUGGCAACCAAUGGAAAAGUGUUUCCAUGGGCAAAAAUUAGACUUCCUCCUGAUGUUGUACCGCUGCAUUAUGAUCUCAUCUUGCAGCCAAACCUUACUACUCUGAAAUUUGCAGGCUCUGUAAAGAUAGUGGUUAACAUUACCAAGGAAACUCGGAAGAUUGUACUUCACAGCUCAGGACUUAAUAUCACCAAGGCAACCAUUACUUCAGCAGGAGGGCAUGAAGCAAAGCCAGUUGAAUUCCUGGAGUAUCCAUUGCAUGACCAGAUUGCAGUCAUGGCUCCUGAGGCUCUCCUUGUAGGACAGAAUUAUACCAUCAACAUAGAAUAUUCAUCUAAUUUAUCAGAUAGCUAUUAUGGCUUUUACAAAAUUUCUUACAAGGAUGAGAAUUCUAAGCAAAGGUGGUUUGCAGCAACUCAGUUUGAACCUCUGGGAGCAAGGUCUGCUUUUCCAUGCUUUGAUGAACCAGCAUUUAAAGCUACUUUUUUAAUCAAGAUCAAAAGAGAUGAGACACUUUCUGCUCUGUCAAAUAUGCCAAAGAAGGCCACCACUCCUGUGACAAAUGGAAUUGUUCAAGACGAGUUUUUUGUGAGUUUGAAGAUGAGCACUUACCUAGUAGCCUUUGUUGUUGCAGACUUGAAAAACAUCAGUAUGAAAACUAAUGGGAGUCUGGUAUCUGUCUGUGCCAUACCACAGCAUCUAAACCAAGUUGGGUAUGCCUUAAACACAGCAGUGAAACUUCUGGAAUUUUAUGAAAAGUACUUUUUAAUAAACUACCCUCUUGAAAAACUAGAUCUGGUAGCAAUUCCUGAUUUUCAGUCUGGUGCAAUGGAAAACUGGGGCUUGAUCACCUUCCGAGAAACAGCACUCUUGUUUGACAGUAAUACUUCUUCAGCAAGGGAUAAGAAGUUAAUAACUGCAGUGAUAGCACAUGAGCUUGCGCAUCAGUGGUUUGGUAACCUAGUGACUAUGGAAUGGUGGAACGAUCUUUGGCUGAACGAAGGAUUUGCCACUUUCAUUGAGUACUUUGCCAUGGAGGAGAUUUUUCCAGAACUACAUUCAGAUGAAGAUUUCCUUAAUUUAAUUUUUAAGGCUAUGAUGAAGGAUUCCUUGAACUCCUCACACCCAGUCUCUUCUGCUGUUCAGUCUUCAGAGCAAAUUGAAGAAAUGUUUGAUGCACUUUCUUAUAUCAAGGGGGCUUCACUUCUUUUGAUGCUGAAGCACUAUCUCACUAAGGAUGUUUUCCAAGCUGGUAUUGAGGUAUAUUUGCAUAAUCACAACUAUGGUUCUGCCCAGAGUGAUGACUUGUGGGACAGCAUGAAUGAGAUUACCAAUGGAACACUAGAUGUAAAAAAGUUGAUGAAAACUUGGAUUCUGCAUAAAGGAUUUCCUUUAGUUACUGUUGUCCGAAAUGGAAAGAAUAUUUCUGUGCAACAAGAACAAUUUUUAUAUCACAUGGAAACAGAAAAUUGGACAUCAGAUACAAGUUAUCUGUGGCAUAUUCCUCUCACCUACAUAACCAGUAGCUGCAACUUUAUCCAUUGCACUAAUGCAUAUUUACUGGACCGAAAGUCAGCUGUCAUUGAACUUCCAGAAGAGGUGGAAUGGAUAAAAUUCAAUGUGGACAUGAGUGGCUAUUACAUUGUACACUAUGCUACGGACUGGAAGAUGCUGAUUGAUCUGUUGAAAAAAAACCACACUGCUUUGAGUCCUAAAGACAGAGCUAAUUUGAUCAACAAUAUAUUCAGCCUUGCAGGUCUAGGAAAAGAGUCGCUGGAAAAGGCCUUUGAGUUGAUUGAAUACCUUAACAAAGAGAACAGCACUGCGCCACUCACUCAAGUUUUGUUUCAGCUGAGUCUUAUAUACAGCCUUUUAGAAAAAAAGGGUGAACAACAUCUGGCAGCACGAGUCAUGCACAGAAUAGAGCACCUGCUUGGAGAUAAAAUUGAUCAACAACGUUGGACAGAUGAUGGAACCCUGUCUGAACGAGAGCUCCGUUCAACGCUGCUAGAUUUUGCCUGCACCCAUGAUUUGAGAAACUGUAGAACAACUGCCACUGAGAUGUUUGAGAAGUGGAUGAAGUCUAAUGGAACACUGAGUCUGCCUAGUGAUGUUAUGAAAGCCAUAUUUACAGCUGGAGCCAAAUCUAGUGAUGGCUGGGAAUUCCUCCUAAAGAUGUACUCCUCUUCAGUUUCUGAAGCAGAGAAAAGCAAAAUCAUUGAAGCUUUAGCCAACACGGAAGAUGUCAGAAGGCUGAUCUGGUUAAUGCAGAACAGCCUUGAAGGAGAAAUCAUCAAGACACAGGAGCUUUCACAUAUCAUAGCAACUGUUAGCCAGAGUUUGCCUGGAUAUUUGCUGGCCUGGGACUUUGUCAAAGAGAACUGGGAAAAGCUUACACGAAAGUUUCACCUAGGCUCAUAUACUAUCCAGAAUAUUAUUAGUUUGUCAACUUCUCAGUUUGCAACAAAGGCACAUCUACUUGAGGUGAAGUCAUUUUUUAAGUCGAAAUCAGAGGAAAGUGCUCAACUGCGCUGUGUAAGAGAGGCAAUUGACACAAUUCAGCUCAAUAUUCAUUGGAUGGAAAGGAACUUAGCAAAGCUACAAGAACUGCUGUAGUGUGCUGUGGUGUGUCAGCCAUUUAGGAGCUCUGUGGACUGUUGCUGUGUUUCUUUUGCAAAAGCCAGGGUGGUACCAGGCAUAACUACAACAUUGCACUAUUAAGGAGUUUACAUAGCUCAGGACAUGUCUCAGAUAAUUUUUUAUUUUCCUUGGAGCAUUUAUGAGCAAGAUGUAAGUAUUCUGAAACUGUUUUCAUCUAUAGACUGAACAUCUAAAGAAAUUAUUAAAUAUAAUUUUGUAAAUGAAACAUAUGCCCUUUCAUUUGGAGUUGUGUUAUAGUUUCUUAGUGGUGGGUUAAUAUUGACAGGGUCAGAAAGAAGGAGUAAGUUGGCAUGAACUGAUACUUCUUUGCAGAUUGCUCAUUGAGCAGUAGAAUUUUUGAUGCAAAACUCUAGGUGGUUUCCACAUUUUUAGAUACAGAAGCUGUUGUAAAACGAAAUCAUAUUUCAGAUAUAUAAGUAGUAGUAGAUCUUACAAAGUAUAACAGUUAGAGGUGAAAUAAAUAAGAUUCCAUUUUUACUUAAGUUGGGAUUUUAUUUUCACAGUAUUCUUCAGGAAUUGCACCAAAAAAAAAAAAAAAAAAAAAAAAGAA